CCUCCUCGGUGCUAACCUGGUUCUAGUGUCCUCCUGAGUGUAACAGUGGGGGCGGUGUGGGGAGCUCUCUCUUCUUUCUCCAGCAUCUCCUUCACCUCCAUCUCUCUGUCUGCUUCCUCUCUCCUCUCCCCGGUUGAGAGAUAUAAUCAUGGGUUUAGUGGGUCUCGGUUCCUCGGUGCUCCUCCUGGCCGCCUUGGUGUCUCUCUGUUCGGCUGGUCGCUCUGACGCGCCGCGGGGCGUCGCCAUCGGGUUCGUUUUUGACCCCAAAGCGACGUGCGAACCGUCGUGCGAACACGGAGGCGUCUGCAUCCGAAACAACACAUGCUUCUGCUCCAAGGGCUAUGAAGGAGAGACCUGCCAGUAUGCCAACUGUUAUCCCAAAUGUAAGAAUGGAGGAACGUGUCUUCGCCCUGGAAAAUGCAGAUGUCCUCCAGGAUUUGGAGGAAGAUACUGUCACAAAGUGACGUGUGACGUGGGAUGUUGGAACGGAGGCGAAUGCAUCGCUGUCAACGGAGUGGCCAAGUGUAUCUGCCCCUCAAGCUGGACCGGCUCAAAAUGCCAGGAGGCGAUCUGUCCCCAAGGCUGCAGGAACGGGGGAGUCUGUGUGGCUCCAGGAAUCUGCAGCUGUCCGGAGGGAUGGCUGGGUGGUGCCUGCCACACGGCUGUGUGCACUCAGUCCUGCCUGAACGGAGGGAAGUGUAUUUCUCCGGACAAAUGCCGCUGUCGCCCCCCUUUCUCUGGCUCUCGUUGCGAGGAGAGGAAGAAGUCCCACUAGUGUGACCCUGCCGAGGUCAAAGGUCAAAGAGGCCCAAUAAGGGACUUUAUGCUGAUGAGGACAAUUCAUUUUUUUAGCUGAAACAUUUGUAGUUUUUACAUUUUUUUUUUUUUUACCAUAUAUAUAAUUCUUUUUUAAGAAACCUCGAUCUGUUUGAUGUUCUCAUUUGACUGUAUAAACAUGUACUGUAAUUUGUGUCAUUAAAUGACUAAAAGAGUGAA